UCGACGGAUUUAAUCUCUCGUAACUAAAACACUUACACGCGCCCAGUCGAACUUACGUCAAAAGAGGUUAGCACGAAAGGAUGAAAAACCCUUUGUGACGUCACUACAUAUCAUUAAAGUGGUUUUUCAUGUCUCAAAUCGAGUUUACAUGAAUUCUACUGACGCUAGUUGUCGCUAGUUGUCGUUGAUAUCAAACGCUUGUUUAAUAUCGGUCUUAAAAUUGGUUAUAUAUUCGAACCGCGAAAAGUAGAUGUUUACGUCGGUUGAGUACGUCAGAAGUUUAAAUGUAGGUAUGCCUGGUAAAACGGUUUUUCUUGAGCGAUGUGUGAUAACGAUGAUGUGAGAAUUGCAGUGUUCCAUUUUUUAAAAGACUGACAAGAGUAGUUUGUAAAUUGCAGUAAUCCACAGUAUUACACUCUGAAAAAUGAAUGAUAUGCAAGUAAAACUUGAUACAUGGUUAAAAUUAAUACAAUCAGAAAAAUUGGAUGAAAAUCUAUUGGAAGAUAUUCAGACAAACAUUCAGUGGUGGUCAGGCAAUUUAUUGAACAAGGUUGUCUUCAAAUUACUGGUGCAUUUAUGUCGCACAGCAGAAAAAUGUGACACACAGAACUAUGAGACUGGAGAGAGAAUUGCUGAGUUAACUAAGCUGCUGUGUUCAUUAUUGGUUGAAGUACCUGAUGGCAACAAUGACAACUUUGUCAAAAUCUUGUUUAAAAUUGCACGCUAUUUGAUCUCUCUGAAUAUGUAUGAGGAUGCAGCAGAAAUAUGUUGUUACUUACAGCCUGGUAAUUUGUAUAAUCCUGAAAAUGGCACUGUGGAACUCUUGAACAAAGUAAUAUCCUUAUGGAGUGUCUUAAUUAACAAUACAUUUGUCGCUUUUACUGCUGAAUUUUUAAACACAGAACAUUACAACCAUCUAAAAAUUCUCAUAAGACAUGAAAUAAAAAUAACUAAAAUAAUUACAUAUGAAAAUUAUACAAAGGAUCUGAUUGUGAAGAUAAGCACAUACUUAGAUAGAAUAGCUUCAAUUGACAAGAAAACGAAGAAAUAUAAUGAUUUUUGCAAUUAUAUACUGGAAUAUUUAACAGAAGUGCCGUUACGCUUGGAUAAAGAUGAAAAAUAUGUAAUAUAUUACCACAUACUUCGCAUCAUGUGUCAUAUAAUACAUAUGACUGUUAAUAUAACUGAUGUCGGCUGUACUGUAAAAACUUUUGAUAAAUUAUUUAGUCAUUUCAAUAUUCUCUUAGCGAGAGACAAAGAAUGUCACUUAUGCUUUCAACAAUUUCGAAGCUUAUGUACAACAUUGUUAAUACCAAUUAAGAAUUUUGUAAGUGAUAGUGCCAAAAGUAUACAAAAUGUUAUAUGCUGUAAUUUGAAUAUUGCUCAAAAAUAUGGAUAUACAGGAGGCCUUAAGCAAAAUGCACUCAUUAUCGAUGAAAUAGUUGAACCCAUGUUUACAUACUGGGAGAAGUGCAUAGAAGCUGAUACAUCUAUGCUCAAGCAUUUGGUUAAUACUGACAUUUUGCAAGAGAUAACAAAUUUAUUUAUAAAUAUAAAUAAAAAUGAGUUUUAUUGUACGCAAGUGUCAAAGGAAUGCAAGUGGUGUCCAGGGAAAGCAUGUACAAUUAAGAAGGAUUUAUACAAUGUUAUAAUUAUAAAAAGUAAACUUCUUAGUUUAUUAUGUAAGUCAUACAUUAAAACCAUGUCAGAAAAAAUGCAAAUUCUUGACUAUGCUGCAGAAAUCUUGGAGCACAAUGUAAAAUCAGUCACCAAUGAAAUGAGAGGGAGCAAAUGUAAACGUUGGAUACAAUUGUGGAAUAUCUGUUAUUCUUUAGUUUAUAAUAUGGGGAUAUUAUCCGUCCAUGUUUAUAAGAAAAGCGUACAUUUGUUCUCGUUGUUGUUCACUUGCAUUUUUCAAACAAACUUUAAGUGCCUGGAAAGUUCUAAAGAUCUGAUAAACUCUGUUUCUCUUGCGCUAAACCAAUUAAGUGUUGUACAUUACAAUAACAGUAUGUAUAGAGAAGCCAUGACUGUAUGCGCAUUAUAUGCCUUGUUAACUUACAAUCAACCCGAUACAAAAGCUUUCUAUAUGUGGACAAAAAUUAAGCAACAUGUUUCUAAGGAAGAUGCAAAAUUAACUAUCUUGGAAUGCUUGAGGAACGAUAAAGAUGAGAUAAAGAAUAAAAUGGGCUUUGAAGUUGACACUUCUAAGUGUGAUCUGAUUAAAUUGUAUUCACGGGAAGCAAAAAGUUUACUGGAGGCGAAGAUUGCAUUUACAACCGGUGUAUCAUCAGUUUUGAAAGAACUUAAAAAAUUAAAGCCAAGUAAUUACAAAUAUGCACAUGUGAUACAAUUAUUAGGAUAUUACAUAUUAGAUUUUGAACAUGACAGUUCUAUUUUGGAGUAUCAUGAAGAAGCUAUAUUCAAUUUGAAGCAGGACAAGGCGAUCUCUAUGUCUGUUCUUUGCUUACAAGCCAAUUUAAAUUUUUUUAUAUUUGUGGAUAAGUUGCACGCAAUUAAAGAGCAAACGCAUAUGGAAAUGGAAACGAUGAAAUUUGCUCUGUGUGCUCCCAAGUUACCAGAAGUUAGCGAAACCAAAUCUUCAAAUGUAGUGCCCGCUUACAGUAUGAUAAAUGUUAAAGAAGACUCCAGUCUUAUGCCAAGUUUGCAAAAAUGUUUGAAGAAAUGGAAGCAGCUGUUUAAAUGCGAUAUUAAUGAAAUUAUCAAGAACUUGGAACCUAAUCUUAUACUGCACAUGCUGAUAACAGCUGGCGAAUAUUCCCGCCUAUAUCGUUAUGAAGAUUGUGAAGCUGAAGCAUGGACAUUGGCGUAUGAAUUAGCGUCAGAGAUCAAUGAUUAUUGUACUAUUAUUUAUGUCACUGGUCGUUGUAUUUCGUUGAGGCAAAUUAAUUAUGAUUGGAUUGCUAUCGCUAAGGAGCUUGCCAUAAAGCACAAAGCUUCUGAGAAUGAAGAUGUAAUUGAUGCCAUUGCUAUCUUCUGGAUAAGCUUAGCGGAUCUCUAUUUUGAAUGUGGAAAGUGUGAUGAUGCUAAGCAAUUACUUAAGGAAGCUAGACGUCUUCCAACAAUUUCAUUUCUCGAUAAUAUAUCUGUAUAUCUUCUAAGCCUAGAUGUUAUUAUACGCCAUCGAAAUUUAUAUAAAAAAGAUAUGGAGCAAGAAAAGUAUAGUUUGUACAUUGUGGAAAGUCUGUUUGCGGUGAGGAGCUUGAAUGAAUCUCUGUUAACGAAAAAAUGCAAGAACCAAGUGAGAUAUCUUUUCAGUUACGAUGUGCUCUUCAACACAACAAUCAAUAUAUCCAUGAAAAUAAACAGUCUGUUAUCUUCUCGUGGGAUCAGUCCGGAUUUAGUGCGACGUUUAAAAUCGGCACAACGUUUAGGUGCAGUGAUGCGCACCGCCGAGCUGCUCAAAGCCCUGUGUUACAUCGAUUUGUCACGUUCGCAAUUGAAUGAUUGCGAGGUGAAGUUGCAAGGCCUUGAACAUAUACUGAACAUGGAAACAUUUCAGUUGUCAAUGAAUUCCAAGCCCAUUCAAACGUUGUCGACUCAUUUGAUAACCCCCACGAAGUUCGUGGAUCCUGUUAGAGAUAUACAAGAGCACAACUCUUCGCCAGUGCUCGCCAAGCAAGUCUUCGGUCUACCGAAAUUCGCGCUGCAUGUAGAUUGCGAUUGCUACAAGUGCGGCAAUAUGUCGUAUCGAUACUUGGUCUUCGCUACCACCUGCAUCAGAGCGCAGUUGUGCGUUUUACAGAAUCAGGACAGCACGGCACUCGAUUACUUCCACGGCGCCUUCAAGAUAAGACAGAAACUGUUCGGAGAGAAAGAGUCGGUUCUGCCAGAGAACUGGCCGCUUGACGAAAUUGGGGUGAAGCGAUUCUCUUGGCAAGCGCGAUUCUACAUCGCCGAUUACGUACAGUUGUUGAUCGACUUUUGUUAUUUCUUGAAGAUGAAUGUAUCGAGACAACAGGAUGCGCUCGAUAUCAUCAGCUUAGCGAUCAAUGUAUGUCGCAAGUAUAAAUUGGAGGGCCAUCCCGUCUACGUGUUUGCCAAAGAAUUCGUGCUUGACACUGAUUUCCAACCGGUACUGGAUUCUUCAAGCUGCUUAAGCUAUAUGGUUCCACAGUCGUGCGACAUUGAUAUAACCAAUUAUCUACAAGUCCCGACUGAUCUGAACGUUUGUGUCACACCGGUUGCUAAAAAUCGUAACGUUAAGAAACCUCUGUCGGUACGGCGUAAAGGAAGUCCCAUAACUUGGAAAACAACUUCGAAAGUUAAUAAGAUAUGGAGUGACGAAGACGACGAUAAUUCAUCACCAUCGUACUCGGCUAGAAAAAUUAAACCGCGCACGAAGUUAGUGAGAAGAAUUUUGGUGAACGACUUAUCGGACGACAUCACUGUGCUGGAAGAUACGAAAUCGAGAAAUCGAACAGGAAAUAGAAAUAGCACGAAAAGGAAAUUGAUGAAGGAUAUUAAAACAUCCCCCAUAGUUUCAGAUCUAACGCAAAAUUUAGAUUUUGAUAAGCUAGAUGUAUCUACCACAACGGAAAAUAUUGAUAAAUUGAUAGAUAAAGUGGACAGUCUCGAAGUCGACUCAAAAACGUCAAAACGAAAAAGCGCUAAAAAUACAAAACAAUUAACAACCAUUGAUUACAACGCGAAUGCAAAUCAAGCUGAGGAGUUAUAUGAUAAAUUGAAUAAUUUAACAAUAAAGGAAAAGACAAGUGAUAAUGCGGACUCUUUUACACUGACAAAAAUUGAAAAAGAUAAUAGCUUACAAAUUCCGAAAAUUUCAGUGAUAAAUUACGAAGAAAAAUCGAAUGAAAUUGCUGAGAAACAAAAUACAGAAAAUGCGAGUAAAUCAUUGGUGAAUGAAACUAAAACUGCACGAAAAUUUUUUAAACAUACAAAAUUAAGUACAAAGUUUGAAGUUUAUAGUACAAGAACGACAAGAUCCAGUGUCAGAAGGAAGAAAGAGGCAGAAUAAAGAUAUUAUGUUGGUGUAAGAGCUGUCUUAUCCAUCAUAAUUUUGUAAAAUGAAGAAUGACAGUGAUGUGUGUAUUUCAUAAUAUAAAAUAUAAAAGUUAAAAAUUUUCCAAGUAUUUGGAGAUACGUAUUAUUAUAUUAUAUUAAUCAGAUUGUAGGUUUUGCAUGCUUAUAAAUUAUUUCUAGUAAUGAAACGUAACAUAUGGAAUUCCACUUAUUUUUUAUUAUAUUUUAUAAAUAGUAAUUAAUUUUAUCCCAAUUAAAUAUUUUAUAAACUCAAUUCAACAUUGUCGUUUUUCUUUUCAGAAGUAUUUAUUAUUACUCUUAACAUAAGUAUCACACUGUCCCUAUAAUAUAAUACGUAACAAUAAACUGCGAUGCUACAAAGGAAAUAAGCAUGAAUACAUGCACAUUAUACAACACUGCCAUCUUAUGGGCUAAAAAAAGACAAGACUUUAUUACAAUAUUUUUUUAAAUCGAUUUAAGAUGUGAAAAAUAAUUAUUAUGCAGAAUAAAAAUGAUAAGUAACAUAAUUUGCUUUAAUCUCAUGCGAGACACAUUUCUUCUUCAUGAAAGAAAACAAUUAUCCUGUUACUCUAAGUAUAUACGUAUAUAAGUAUAUAUGUAUAUAAGUAUACAAGUA